CGUGAAGAUAGAGCUUUUAAACACACAGGAGGUGUCACGCGUGUCUUUUUGGAAAGGAGAGAAGCCUUUCUCCUGCUCGACGCGCAUCCCUCUCUCCCGCUGCGUUGAAGAGGGCGGGGGAGGAGUGCGCACGCUGUAGUUGGCUAGCCACUCUGCACCUCGCAGCGAUAGGGGCUGUUCGGAGUUGGGGCUGCUCCAUCGGCUUUCUCCGCCCCUCCCCCUCUUCUUUUCUCCCCUCUCUUCCCCGCCCCCCUCCACCCCCCUCUCCUCUCCAGAAUUCCCUGGCUGGAGUACGCGUGCGCCUGUUCUGCUCCUGGGCGAGCGCGAGCUUGGGCUCGCACCCCACUCCCCUAACCCCGCCCGCUCUUUACCUACCGGCUGUAGCUGGCCCGGUGGGCUCGCGGGAGACGCUCGCGCGCGCACGCGCACACAACGCGGAGCGGAGCUCGAGACACCGAGGAGGGGAGUAAGAAGCAUCCGAGGAGGCGAUAGAGGAGGAGGCGGUGUGUGUAUAUGUGUGUGUUCUACGGUGUGGCUCGUCGAGGGGCGAGCGGAGGCUGGAAAGAGGGCGAGGGAGAAGCGAAAAGAGUCCGUGAGAGCCUCUGAUCUGGUUGCUAUGGAAACAUACGACUAAAUAAACGGAAGUCCAUUCUGAUACCUGAGAUGUAACUGGACUAAAGAGUGGAACAGGAAAAAUUUUAGUGCCAACCUCAAUUACAAUGGCUACUGAUUCAGGAGAACCAGCUAGCACAGAAGAUUCUGAGAAACCUGAUGGAGUUUCAUUGGAAGACAUAGCUCCUCAGCUUGCAGCAACUUUGACAGUGGAAGCUAGACUAAAAGAAAAAAAGAGUACCUUUUCUGCUUCUGGGGAAACUAUAGAAAGAAAGAGAUUUUUCCGAAAGAGUGUUGAGAUGAUGGAAGAUGAUAAAGUUGCUGCAUCUUCCUCCAAAGAUGAGAGAAUGAAGACCACAGCAAAUAUUCCAAGAGUAGAAAAGCUUCCUACAAAUGUGCUAGGAGGUGGACAAGAAGUUAAAUACGAACAGUGUUCAAAGGCAACUUCAGAGUUCUCAAAAGAAUGUCUCAAGGAGAAAAAUGAAAAAGAAAUGGAAGAAGAAGCAGAAAUGAAGGCUGUGGCUACUUCUCCUAGUGGCAGGUUCCUGAAAUUCGACAUAGAGUUGGGAAGAGGAGCAUUUAAAACAGUAUAUAAAGGAUUGGACACUGAAACAUGGGUUGAGGUUGCUUGGUGUGAGCUGCAGGAUCGGAAAUUAACCAAAGCUGAGCAGCAAAGGUUCAAGGAAGAAGCAGAAAUGUUAAAGGGUCUCCAACAUCCCAAUAUAGUUCGAUUUUAUGAUUCCUGGGAGUCUAUAUUAAAAGGAAAGAAAUGUAUUGUAUUGGUGACUGAACUUAUGACAUCAGGAACUUUAAAGACGUACUUAAAACGAUUUAAAGUCAUGAAACCAAAGGUCUUAAGGAGCUGGUGCAGGCAAAUUUUAAAGGGGUUGCAGUUCUUGCACACUAGGACUCCUCCCAUUAUUCACCGGGAUCUGAAGUGUGACAAUAUUUUCAUCACGGGACCCACUGGAUCUGUGAAGAUUGGUGAUCUAGGCCUAGCCACCUUAAUGCGAACAUCAUUUGCUAAGAGUGUCAUUGGGACUCCUGAGUUUAUGGCCCCAGAGAUGUAUGAAGAACACUACGAUGAAUCUGUAGAUGUCUAUGCUUUUGGAAUGUGUAUGCUGGAAAUGGCUACUUCAGAGUACCCUUAUUCUGAGUGCCAGAAUGCAGCUCAAAUAUACCGUAAAGUAACUAGCGGCAUAAAACCAGCCAGUUUCAAUAAAGUCACUGAUCCUGAAGUGAAAGAAAUCAUUGAAGGAUGUAUUCGCCAAAACAAAUCAGAAAGGUUGUCUAUCAGGGACCUACUAAACCACGCAUUUUUUGCUGAGGAUACAGGACUGAGGGUGGAGUUAGCAGAGGAAGAUGACUACUCAAAUUCAUCCCUGGCUUUAAGACUCUGGGUUGAAGACCCUAAAAAAUUGAAAGGCAAGCACAAAGACAAUGAAGCUAUUGAAUUCAGUUUCAAUUUAGAAACAGAUACAUCUGAGGAAGUAGCAUAUGAAAUGGUCAAGUCAGGAUUCUUCCAUGAAAGUGAUUCCAAAGCUGUUGCUAAGUCCAUUAGAGACCGGGUCACCCUGAUAAAGAAGACAAGGGAGAAGAAGCCAGCUUCUUCUUGUUUGGAAGAACGCAGGGAUUCUCAGUGCAAGUCUGCAGGGAAUGUACUCCCUCAGCCCCAGAAUACAACUUUGCCUCCUGCUCCUGCUCAGCACACUGGGGCUGAAUGUGAAGAAACUGAAGUUGAUCAACAUGUUCGACAACAGCUUCUACAAAGAAAACCACAGCAGCACUGCUCCUCUGUUACAGGUGACAAUUUGUCUGAGGCAGGAGGUGGAUCUGCUAUACACUCAGAUACUUCAAGUCAGCCCAGUAUAGCCUAUUCCUCAGACCAGAUGAUGGGCUCUCAAGUGGUUUCCAACAUUCCACAGGCUGAAAUAAAUGUUCCAGGGAUGAUUUAUCCAUCCCAGCAGCUAGUAGGACAUUACCAGCAGAUUUCAGGGUUGCAACAGCAGCCAAAGCUGACUCAGCCCCACGUUUUGCCUUUGGUUCAAGGUCAGUCCACUGUUUUGCCUGUACAUGUCCUUGGACCUCCGGUUGUCUCACAACCCCAGGUUUCCCCAUUAACUGUCCAGAAAGUCUCACAGAUAAAGCCUUUAUCCCAGGCAGUUGGAAUUGAACAAGCAACUCUUCUAAAACCGGAUUUAGUUAGAAGUUUGAAUCCUGAUGUGGCAGCUGUGAAGGAAAACAUCAAUACCCCUGAUAACCCAUGUGGAAAUGGCAAACAAGAUCGGAUCAAACAAAGAAGAGCUUCCUGUCCUCGACCAGAGAAGGGGACUAAAUUCCAACUUACUGUCCUUCAGGUUUCAGUAUCUGGAGACAAUAUGGUGGAGUGUCAACUGGAGACACACAACAACAAGAUGGUCACCUUCAAGUUUGAUGUUGAUGGUGAUGCACCAGAGGAUAUUGCAGACUAUAUGGUUGAAGAUAACUUUGUGCUAGAAAGUGAGAAAGAAAAAUUUGUAGAAGAAUUGAGGGCUAUUGUAGGUCAAGCCCAGGAGAUCCUUCAUGUCCACUCUGCUGCAGAUAGAGCCACUGGAAUUGACUCCAUUACUGUGGAAUCCAACAAUAGCCAAACAGGAUCAUCCGAACAAGUACAGAUAAAUUCUGCAUCCACUCAAACCAGCAAUGAAUCUGCUCCACAGUCAUCCCCAGUUGGUCGGUGGCGAUUUUGUAUCAAUCAAACAAUAAGAAACCGUGAGGCUCAAUCUCCUCCUUCUCUUCAGCAGUCCAUGUCUACAGUUCCUGGGCUAUCUCUUCUUCCUGGUCCAAGAACCACAAGUAAUAAGGAAAUAUCACAGGACACACUGCCCACUCUAGAAAGUAAUCCAUGCCAGCGUGUACUUUUUGCCUCCAAAUCAGAACUCAAGGAUGUAGUUGAUGGUAAGAUUUCUGAAUAUGCCAGUGUAGAAACUAAGCAGCCAGCUAUAUUUUAUCGAGUGGAGGAUGACAGGCAGAUAAUGGCACCAGUUACUAGUAGUUCAAGUUAUGCUGCUACUUCAGUUUGUGCAGUUCCAGUUGAAUGUGAGGGACUCACCAACCAAGCAGGCAUAUUUCUACCUGUAUAUCCAUGUCACCAAGCUGCCAGUCAGGCCGAUGUACUUAUGGUCCCUCCUGGCGAGUCAACUCAGAUUGCUGGUAACUCUCUUACAACUCUGGCAUUUAUGUCUGAUCAAAAGCCUCAAUCCUUAGCAGUGCAGCAGCCAACUAUGGAUGCAGAGUUUAUUUCCCAAGAAGGAGAAACCACAAUGAACACUGAAGCAAGUUCUCCUAAGAUGGUCAUUCCCACUCAGACCCCUGGCCUUGAACUGACUACCCUUCUACCCUCUACUAUCCUGGAAUCAGAUGGGGAAGGACCUCCAAAAAUGGAGUUUGCAGACAACCGAAUUAAAACUCUGGAUGAAAAAUUAAGAAACUUGCUCUAUCAGGAGCAUAGCAUAUUUAGCAUCUGUCCUGAGAGUCAGAAGGAUACCCAAAGCAUAGACUCUCCAUUUUCUUCCUCUGCUGAAGAUACGCUCUCAUGUCCAGUGCCAGAAGUCAUAGGCAUCAGUCACAGUGGAAUUCAAGAUAGUCCUGCACAGUCCCCUAAUUUUCAGCAGACAGGCUCUAAGAUUCUGUCUAAUGUGGCUGCAAGUCAGCCUGCUAACAUAUCAGUAUUCAAAAGGGACCUGAAUGUGAUAACUUCUAUACCCAGCGAAUUAUGUUUACAUGAGAUGUCCCCAGAUGCUUCACUUCCAGGGGAUCCAGAGGCCUAUCCUGCUGCUGUGUCAAGCGGUGGAGCCAUUCAUCUGCAGACAGGAGGUGGAUAUUUUGGCCUAAGCUUUACUUGUCCUAGUCUCAAAAGUCCUAUUAGCAAGAAAUCCUGGACUCGCAAAUUAAAAAGCUGGGCAUACAGGCUACGGCAGUCAACCAGCUUUUUCAAGAGAUCAAAAGUCCGUCAAGUGGAAACAGAAGAUAUGAGAUCAGCAGUUGCUCCUGACCCCAUUCCUCUGACAGGAGAGUCCACGGCUGAUACUAGGGCUUUGAGUAGAUGUAAAGUGAUGAGUGGAUCAUUUCAGCGGGGCCGGUUCCAGGUGAUUACAGUUCCUCAGCAGCAGUCAGUGAAAAUGACAUCUUUUGGAAUAGAACACACACCAGCAUUCAAUAAAAUGACAACCCAUUCUAGUGAAGAAGCUCUAGCCUUUACAGACAGAGCAAAGUCUCAAUUAGUGGAAAUGGAACCUUCCACGCACAAUCCACAAACUUCACUUUCUUCUCAGAAGUUACAAGCUCCUCAUGAAACCUUCAAAGAAGGUAAAAGAAUUCCCAAACAAGGUGACAACUUCUCAUCUUUCAGCACAGCUUAUGAGACUGAUGUAUCUUCAAUGACCCCAGAAAAAGAAUUGGAAGAGAACUCAGCCACGGGAAGUAGUAUGCAUUCUGGACUUGAACUGUUGCUUAAAGAGAGAGAUAUUCUUACUGCUGGGAAACAGCCUAGCUCUGAUAGUGAAUUUUCAGCCACUCUUGCUGGCAGAGGGAAAUCAAUGGCAAAGACUGGUCCAGAGAGUGAUCAGUGCUUACCACUCCGUGAAGAAAAAGCCUGUGCUCAAACACACAGCUCACUCUUCUAUUCACCAUCUUCUCCAAUGAGCAGUGAUGAUGAGUCAGAAAUAGAGGAUGAGGAUUUGAAGGUGGAGCUUCAAAGAUUACGAGAAAAACACAUUCAGGAGGUGGUAAAUCUUCAAACCCAGCAGAAUAAGGAGCUGCAGGAGCUCUAUGAACGCCUUCGGGCAAUUAAAGAUAGCAAAAGCCAAUCAUCAGAGGUUCCUCUGCCACCUUCAUCACCACGUAGACCAAGAUCUUUCAAAAGCAAAGUUCGUAGCCGCCCCCAGUCCUUGACACAUGUGGACAGUGGCGCAGCUGCUACAGAUCCAGUGUGUGUGGAAAGUAAUGUAGCAUCAUGCCAACAAUCUCCAGCUAGUAAAAAAGGGAUGUUCACGGAUGACUUACAUAAACUGGUGGAUGACUGGACAAAGGAAACAGUAGGAAAUUCUCUUAUUAAGCCAAGUUUAAACCAACUCAAACAGAGUCAACACAAACUAGAGGCAGACAACUGGAACAAAGUAUAUGAAAAUACUCCAUCUACUAUGGGCUACACACCAACAUGGAUUUCUUCACUGUCCCAAAUCCGUGGAGCUGUCCCAACCUCCUUGCCACAAGGACUCCCACUCCCUUCAUUUCCUGGGCCAUUAUCAUCAUAUGGAAUGCCCCAUGUUUGUCAGUAUAAUGCUGUGGGGGGGCCAGGGUACCCAGUACAGUGGGUAGGAAUUUCAGGAACACCGCAACAGUCUGUAGUAAUUCCUACUCAAUCUGGGGGACCAUUCCAGCCGGGAAUGAAUUUACAGGCGUUUCCAUCUUCAUCAGUGCAAAAUCCAUCCACGAUCCCUCCUGGCCCCAAAUGAAUCAGAGUAGAUAAUGAAGAAAAGGGAGAUUUUUUUCAGAAUUAUUUUCAGGACACCUAAGAUACUAAACGUUCUUCUUCUUGGGUUCUGCCAUAUUUUCCCUUAUUUGAGUUUACUUUCCAGUGUAUUUUUUUUUGUUCCAUUGUGGUAUUUUAUAUAGCUCAUCAUUCUGUAGAACUGUGCAGCCUGUACAUAGAAUACUGCACACAGAAAUGUUUUUUCACUUCAAAUCCUAUCCUCUUUGAUACUUGAUUUUUUAAAAAUACCGUUCAGAAUGCUUUAAUAAGCUCAGCUUGAGCAUUACCAUUUCCAGGACACUUUCCAUGAAUUGCUGAGAAGCCCCCAUUUUUUACUGCUGCUAUCUGCAGCUGGAUGAUACUUUAAAAUGUAUAAAAACUAUUUAAAUUUAUAUUCCCCAAACAUGGAUGAAGUGAGACCCUCCAACAGCCGGAGUCUUAUGGGAUUCUUCACAUGUUUAUCUUAGGUUUACCUUUCACAGAAGGCAGGGUAACUUGCUGCAGGAAAUGUUUUGGUAUAUAAAAUUAGAAUAACUUUGUCAACCAAUAUAGACCAUGAGCCCUUUUUAAUGUGAUUUUCUUCCCGUCGUCACAGCAGGAGGAGUGAAGCCUUGUUUUAGGUGAGGCGGAGAGAAAGGAAAAAACAGAACUGUAACAGUUCCUUGAUUCUGCAGAUACUGUAGCUGCUUUAGGGUUUCAAUAGUAAUUCAAAGCAGCUAUCUCCUUGUUUCUCAUGUGCACACUACAUUGUUUUUGAGCAUCUGAGAGGCAUUGGUUUGGCUUGCAUUCUUUUGCAAGGGAUAUAUUGCAGCUGAUAUGAAUCUCAUUUUGGGGGAAUCUUUGUAUUCCUAACAAAGAGGAUUCAAGUUACACCUCUAUUGAUCCAUUUUUCUGAAGUAGAAUGUACUUGACACAGUAGGUUGUAGGUUUUGAGACUUACACAUGAAACACUGGCUUUACAGGGUUCUAAGAUUGUGGGGUAUACACUGUCCUGCAGUGAGAUAGUAGACCCUCGAAGGACACUAUUUAAGUUGCCCUUAGCUUUUUCUUUCUUCUUUUUUUUUGGGAUUGCCAUUUUUUUAGUUGUUAUAAUUUCUCGUUAGUAUAUAUAGCAUCCUAGAUGAUUUUAGAUCUUAGAUGAUUUUGGCAGCCUCUUUAGAAUCUGAGAGAGAUUACUGUCAAGUUGCACUUUACUGGGUUUUAUCCAGUUUUAGGAGGAGGUGAGGCAAUGUCAAAAUAUACACUUUUGGUUUUCAAGAAGGCUAACUAUAAUAAUCUUAAAAGGCUGGUCACAGAGUUACCUAAUGCUUAGUCUGUGAAACCCAAAUAGAAUUCUUAAAUGGUAUUAAUCAACUACCACAUAUACAUUAAAAUGCUUUCCACUCUGAAAAUUUCAAGGUCAUUUCUAGUACACAUUUACCUGAUAAUGAGUUCUGUCUACUGGUAAACAUUCCAAAUUUCCACCCAACAUUUCUUUUGACAGAUUUUCCUCCAUGUUCCUCUAAAAUUUUUACCCCAUGAGCUUGCCAGGUAAUGAGGAAAACUUUUUUUUUUUUUUGCAUAGUCUACUUUGUGACAUUCAGUACCCUUUUUCAAAAAAUGUGUCUGAUAUUGCUUACCUGAGGAUCACACUAAUCAUCAUAAAGAUUCUGUCACUAUCCUUUGGGGUGUCUAAGGCAGCAUUUUCAGAAUUGCUGUUGAUAAGAGCCACAGUUUCUUUUCAUAAAACAUACUCUGGUUUGGGUGAGUCUUUCUAAAUCUUAUGUACAGAUUCUUCAAAUUUCUUCUACAGUAUUGGUUUGCAAGUUGCAGUGAUUUUAGGAAAUUAGUGUAAUGCAAAUGCUUGCAUUGCAGUGUUUUCCAUGUGUACAAAAACAAUGCACCUAAAAUCCGUAAUUCUUUAAAACUGCUCGUGUUUCAUUAUAAGAGUUGGCUUUGUGUAAUUACAUUAAGACUUACAACCUAUAAAGUGAAAAUCCUGCAGGUUUUAAGAUCCCUUCCUCACUAGAUGUAAUCCUUUUAAACAGUGUACCCCAGGAUGAAAAAACCUCCAUGGAUGACAUGCACAAUUACAUUUAUUAAUGGCUGCUCUACAUCAAAUGUCCCACAUUUUGCCACCACCUCUGUUUUAUGUAUAAUUCAUUGUUCAUUUGCCUGCAGACUUUUGCAGUGCCUUGUAAUGUUGAGAAUCUUUUCAGAUUUUUUGCUGGAAAGAAAAGUAGUCUUCUAAAGUUUGAAGAUGGUGAAUAGUGUACUGCUGUCUCCAUGCUGACUGCAGUAGUUGGGUUAACAUAUGUUAUGUAUACAUGAUGUAUAUGUAACAUGUAUAAGUUUAAAAAUACAGAAAAAAGUGGGU